AUGUGUACGGUGUUCCUGCUUCUCCCGGUGAUCCUGGUGCCAGUUACAGGCCUACGAUCUAACCUCUACUUGUCGAAGUACCAGAACUACCUGUUCGGAGUGUUUGGCAUCUGUGACUUGAACUCAAACAAUUGCUCGGUGGCUCGUAUCGGCUACCCAGCGAUAAACGACUCGUUUUAUAACGUCAACGACGAGUACUCGGUGGCCGAGCUCCCGCUGAAUAUCCAGCUGACGAUCUCGAAAUUGCUUGUGGUCCAUGUGGUGGCGUUUGGCAUAUCGGCAGUACAAUUCCUUUUGGUGGUGGCGAUGUUGGUGAUGCAAGAAGUGAAAGGUCUGCUAGCGAAAGAGGAGAAAAGCGAUGAUGUAUCGCAGCCGAUGCUUUCAGGGGAAACCGCCGUCGAUGAUUCGCACCUCGAUAAGCAUGACCACCACUAUUAUAAACGAAUAUCAUACCAACAAUUCGCUCCGUUUAUGGACUGGAUGCUUGUGUUUUCAUUGUUAUCGUUUUUGACGACAUUGCUCGCCUUCUUAGCUGAUAUCCUUUUGUUCAUUUCCAACUUAUCGUAUGUCGGCUGGAUCCAGUUAUUUCCCAUCAUUGCCCACGCUCUCAUUUCGACGUUAGUGUGUUUUAUGAAACGACUGAUUAGCACUCGCAAACUUCUUGAUGAUGACCAUGUCUAUCUUAAUGACGAUAUGAGAAUGCGCCCUCAGCUCGUAUCCAAUUUGGACUGGGACCGAAGUAGUGAUGACGGCUUCACUUACAACGUUGGACCCGAUAUACCCCUUCGCCAGUUCCAACGAUCAGACGACUCCGAGGAUAUCAGUGUGGCCCUGGAGGCCCACCCGGACGACGAACACCAUGUAUUCUACCAUAACUCCUUGUACCACCGGUCGAGACAAUCAUAG